AUGUCGUACAGCUACCGAGAGCGUGAUCGCUUCGAGGAGGACCGACCGGUCACUAUCAAGCGUUACGUCAUUCCUGCUGAAGAACGAGAAGAACGACGAGAAUUUAUGAUGGGUCGCGACGAACCCUUUGGAGAGCGCGAGCUGGUCAUCCGUCGAAAGACAGAGCGAGAAGAGCCCCUGACUAUCUCACGGUAUGAGCGCGAUGUCGAAUACGAUCCCCCCGCCCGCCGCUUCGAGCGUGAGUACGAGCGUGAGUACUAUGAACCCCGAACCUCCUACACUAGUCCCCGCGAGUCCGAGUAUGACGUUGUUCGUCGCUCGGAUGCCGAUGAGGACCCGUACUACUAUCACCACCACCGCCGAGUUCGCGAGUACGACGACCGUCGCUCGCGCCGUGAAUUGAGUCCCGGCGACUCCAUUUCCCAAACUAGCCGUCGUCAUCAUCGCGAUCGCGACCGCGAAGACUACAGCAGCGAUGAUAGCAUGGUCUAUAUCCGCAAAGAGACCCGCGACUACGACGGGGAGCACCACCACCACAAGCGCCACCUUGCCGAGGGUGCUCUAGUCGGUGUCGGUGCUGCUGAGCUACUCCGCAGUCACAGCAAGCGCGAGGGUAAAGAAGUCAGCCAUGGCAUGAGCCACGCGGUCAAGACGGCCGGUGCUGGUGCCCUCGGUGCCGUUGCGGUCAACGCAGCCGGCCAUGUUCGCGACUACUACCGCAGCAAGAGCCGCAGUCGCCAUCGCUCUCACUCUUUCGAUGAUCACCGCUCCCAUCGUAGCCGUCGCAGCCGCAGUCGCUCGCACUCCCACACCCGUGGUAAGACGCUGCUGGAAAUUGGCGUCGGUGUCGCUGCUUUGGCGGCCGGUGCGGCUGCGCUACGCAGCAAGUCCAAGAAUGAGCGCCGCAGCCGAUCCCGGACUCGCUCGCGCUCCCGCGCUCGCGCAUUGAGCAGUACCCGCUCGGAAAAGGAUGGUACCACUGAGGAGACCAAGCGCCGGCAGCACAUAGCCGGUGCAGGUCUGGCUGGUGCCGCCGUGGCAGGCCUCGUUGAACAUGCUCGCAGCCGUUCGCGCUCGCGCAAGGGAGAGCGCUCCCACAGUCGCUUGCGAAAGGCCCUCCCCAUCGUGGGCGCUGGCCUUGCUACUGCAGCAGCUACUGGUUUGUACGAGAAGAAAAAGGCGGAGAAAGACCAAAAGGAACUGGUGCCUCUCGAAGGACGCCGCUCACGAUCUCGCAGCCGCAGCCGUGCUCCGUCCGAAGCCUACCCGGAUCCAACGCGCGACUCUGCCGGUCUAAUCGAGUAUGGUGCCGACCCCGUUACAGGAAGCAUCCCGGCUGAGCAUUACUAUGGUCAACCAGCGGGCCAUGAUGCCUACUACUCCGAUGGUGCCCGUCGUCACAGCCGGUCUCGCAGCCGUGGCGGUCGAUACAGUGGCAGCUCCGAUUCGGACCGUGAUGGCCGACGCAGAAGCAAGAAGCACCGUAGCCGUUCUCGUGAUCUAGCCUCGGCAGCUCUCGGUGCCACUGGUCUGGGCUAUGCAGCACACAAAUACUCUCAGCACCGUGAUCGCAAGAAGUCGGAGCGGUCGCGUUCACGUUCGAGGACUCGAUAUGAGAACGACGCGCACCGCGAUCCCUACGAGGAGUCCUACGAUCCAGAGCCCUACCCAAUCUCCCCGCAGGCUGCUCACCAGCAACCCACAGAGAAUUACUAUCCAAACAGCAACUACUUCCCCCCACCCCCGGGCUCAACCCCGAACUUGAACGCCACUCCUCAGCCCUACAACCCGGCCGAUUACCCGCAUCCCCCAGGUGCCGCACCCCCACCGCAGCCUUACAACUACGGCGCCGGCAACCCGGGCCCAGAGACCUACCCAGAGACCUAUGCCCCGCGGCCGCGUCGGGCCGAUGAGAAUGUGAGUGCUCCGUUGAGCUCCACCACCACCCUUCCUACUGAGCAAACCCAUGCCCACGAUGGUCUAAGCAUCGGCCCGCAUUCACAACACCCACAGUCCAUACCCCGCUCAGAAAACCCAUCAUCCUCAUCACCACUGAAAUCCGUCGCCUUUGACUUAAACACGAACACGGAUUCCGAGCGGUCUCAAGAUCCGGGGUAUGAGACCGACGACAGCGACUCGACUAUCGACGAGUAUACACCAGGCCACCGCGCCAGAUCCCACACCCAUUCUCACUCCCGGGCACGCUCGUCUUCCGUACCUUCUGCCCAUCAUCACCAUCACCAUUCCAAUGCUCGUGCCGGCGCGGACGCAAGUUCUAGUUCCUCUGUAUCUCGCCACCAGCAACCAUCACAUCGCCAUACUCAUUCCCAGUCCCAUCAUUCUCAAAGAUCUCACCCACCGGAAUUAUCCGAUAGUUCAGAAUCUACCAUCGAACUCCCAGAUCGCUUCGAUUCAAAGGGUCGUCCACUCCCCCCAAUAGAGGAUCCAUCCGUUGAGUCACUAGGAAGUUAUAUCAGGAACCUCAAAAGAGUUUUCGCCUAG